AUGUCACAACCAGUCAUGGUGUCUGGCACAAUACUUGCACCUUCGUCAACAAUGGCCACCCGAUGGCAAUACCUCGAUAAUGUCCGCAGGAACAGCGGUCCUUUCACAGAUCCCGAUGUAUUUGAUGCGAGCGAAGCCGCCGCAACGAAUAUGGAGCAGAUAAAUGUAUUUGGUGCAGGAGGUCUUGGAUGCGAAAUACUCAAGAACCUAGCUCUUUCCGGCUUCAAGAAGAUACAUGUCAUUGAUAUGGAUACCAUCGACGUUUCCAAUCUCAACCGACAGUUUCUCUUCCGCCAAAGCGAUGUCGGCGAGUCCAAAGCAGAGGUGGCAGCAAAAUUCGUAGAGAAGAGAGUCAAGGGUGUCUCCAUCACGCCGCAUAAUUGCAAGAUACAAGACAAAGACGAGGAUUUCUACAUGCAGUUUACACUCGUUAUCUGUGGUUUGGACAGCAUCGAAGCUAGGAGAUGGAUCAACUCUACGCUUGUCGAUUUGGUCGAUAUGAACAACCCAGAUAGCUUCAAGCCAUUGAUUGAUGGAGGUACUGAGGGUUUCAAGGGCCAGUCACGGGUUAUCUACCCUACCAUGACAUCUUGUAUAGAGUGUCAGCUCGACAUGCAUGCUCCACGCGCUGCUGUCCCUCUUUGCACGCUGGCUACUAUUCCGCGGCAACCUGAGCACUGUAUCGAAUGGGCACAUAUCAUGGCAUGGGAGCAAGAGAAGCCAUUUCCAAAGCUCGACAACGAUGAUCCGGAGCAUAUCACCUGGCUAUACAAGAAGGCUUUGGCUCGGGCCGCUGAAUUCAAUAUCACUGGUGUCACCUACUCGCUUACGCAAGGCGUUGUCAAGAACAUCAUUCCGGCUAUUGCAUCGACAAAUGCCAUUAUUGCCGCAAGUUGUUGCAACGAAGCAUUCAAGAUCGCCACCAACGCCAAUCCAGCACUAGGAGGAGAAGAGAACUACAUGAUGUACAGUGGGAACGACAGUAUCUAUACAUACACGUUCAAGCACGAGAAAAAAGAUGACUGUCCUGUGUGUGGGAAUAUGGCGAAGAACCUCGAUGUGGACCCCAACCUGACAUUACAAGAAUUCAUUGAAUCGUUGGCAGCAAGACCAGAAGCACAGCUGAAGAAGCCAUCUAUCAGGGCAGAAGGCCGAACUCUCUACAUGCAGAGUCCAGAAAGCUUGAGAUUGCAAACAGCACCAAAUCUGGAAAAGAAGGUGGGAGAUCUGGUUGGAAAUGGGGAUGAAAUAGGAGUCACCGAUCCUUCACUAGGCAGAGUCGAUUUCAAGUUCAGGUUGAAGUUUACAAGCGAGUUUGUCAAGGCGGAGACGAACGGCCAUGCUAAAUGA